AUGAGCAAUCGGAAUCGUAGCCGAGAUGUUUCAUCAGAAGAUCUCAAUAAACAGUCAUCAUUAGAAUCUGGAAUAAUAUUAUCUUCUAAAAAAACUCCAUUAAUAUUUAAUAAAACAGCUGAUGUUGAUGAUCCACCAUUUAGUCGACUUUUUUUACUUAUACCAAAAGCUAUGUCAGAAGAUGAAUUACGUAAAGCAUUUCUUGUUCAUGGAACAAUUCAAGAUAUUCAUAUGGUACGAGAUAGACGAAGUCAAGAAAGCAAAGGAAUUGCUUAUAUUAAAUAUGAAAAAGCAUCAGCUGCCGCUCGUGCUAUGGAAGAAAUGAAUGGAACUGUUAUUCCACCACAUACACGUCCGGUGAAAGCUAUUAUAUCAAGUUCACGCCGUGAAGGUAGUGUACGUGAUCCAGAUGAACAUGAAAAAAUGUUACGUUUGUUUGUUGUUAUAUCAAAACAUAUGACUAAAGAUGAUUUACGUAAAGUAUUUGAGAAAUAUGGUUCAAUUAUUCAUAUUAAAGUUAUUGUAGACAAAUUAACAGGUGAAAAUAAAGGAUUUGCUUAUAUUUCAUUUUCAAAAGCAUCAGAAGCUGCUUAUGCUUUGGAAGAAUGUGAUCCAUGUUACAAACCAAAAUUUGCUGAACCAUUUUCUUCAAAACGUCAUCGUGAUACUGAAGAAAUUUUGUCUUCAUCAGCAUCAUUAUAUGGAGCUGUUUCACCUCCUUAUUGCCAUAAAAUACCAAUAGGUAAACAACAUCCAUCACCAUCAUCAAAUUCUACUGAUCAUCGACCAUCUCCACCUCCUUUACUUCCACUUCCACCAUCACGUUCCUUAUCACAUACUGAAACAAAUCAAUCAAUAACAUCAUCAGCUUAUCAUUUACUUGAUAAUAAUAAUGAACGUCGUUUAAUUAUUCGUUGUGGUAUAACAAUAACAAAUUAUCAUAUAUCAAAAUUAUUUGAUCUUAUACCAAAUAUGGAAGAAUGUACACCACUAAAUUUAAAUACAUUUAAUGAACAUUAUUUUAUUGUACGUUAUAAAUCUUGUCAAUAUGCAACAUAUGCACGUGAAAAACUGCAUGCAUUUCAAUUUCCUGAUGGUGAAAUAUUAUCUGUUCAAUAUUAUGAUGAACAAAUUGUUAAUGAUUUGAUUAAUCAAUCACAAAAUGGUAAAUAUGGUGAUACACCAGGCAUUGGACAAUUAAUACAUCAAAUGAGUAAUUUACAAGGUACUCAAGAACAAUAUGUUGAUUAUUGCAAUAUCCCAUUACCACCUAAACAAAAAUAUGCUUCAUUUGAUGCACCCCCUUUACCACUUAGUCUUCUUAAUAAUGAUCGUUCAAAUCUUGCAAAGAAUGAAUGGAAUCUUCUUUCAAAUGUAAUUCAUGCUUAUGAUGAAGCAAAUAUAAUUCCACAAAUAAAAUAUUAUCUUGAACAACAAUCAUCAUUACCACCAAAACUACGAUCAAAAGCAUCAAAAUCAAUUGAUAUUUUUAAAGUUUUGUUCUCAACACUUCAACUAUUUAUUGAACGUUCGCCGUAUUUUCAUGAUCUAUCAAUUGAUACACGUCAAAUACUUAUACAAAAUAAUUAUGAAACAGCUGGUACAUUGAAUUCCAUUUUCGUUAUACGUGAAAUAAAAGCAUUAGAUAAUAUGACAUUUCAAGCAAGUUGUAUUACAAUUUACGGAGACAAAAUUACGACACAUUCUGAUCAUUUAACAAACCGAUUAGAACCAAAUGGAAUAUUUGUUAAAAUAAUGAUUUUAAUUUUGGCAUUUUCAACUAAUUGUUCAAUUGUCACUCCUUAUUAUUCAGGAACUAUAAUAAAUUUAGCUAGUGCACUAUCUAUAUUUAAGAUACAAAAUGUACUUGUCACAAUGUUUUGGAAAUAUUUAAAUUAUCAAUAUGGUUUUAUAGGAGCUGUACGAUGUUUUAAUUGUUUAAUAAAAUAUAUUCUUGAUAUUCUUCAUAGUGCAAAUGAAAUGAGAAAUAUACAACAUGAAAAAAUGAUAGAUGGACUUGUUGAAGAAACAAAACGUUUAUUGUCGCGUGAAAAUUGA